AAAACUGUUUCUUCAGUUCUGAAGCUGCACCUAAAGAAUGAGAAGGUGACAGUGAAGAAACGACCCCUGUGCUUAGUUACGGAGCUGAUGCGCAUUUUCUCAAAAGAAGCCCUGACACGUGCAGCAGAUCAGGCAAAGAAUGAAGGGGACAGCCAAGUUACUCUCGAACACUUUGAGAAAAUCCUCCCUCAACUGCUACUUGACAUGUGAGAUUGGGACAGCACUUCAUCACUGGCUCCACAGAGGCCACUCCCAGUUCCAGUAACACUGUACCUGAUUCCUUGGGUCAAACGUGUUUCGACAGCCUGCGGCAAGUCGCAGAUGGAACGAACCAACCGAAGAAUCUGGCUGUUAUGAAGCCCUGGGAAGUGUGACUAUUUUGACAAACACUCACAGAGGUCUCACUUUACUUUAUCUGAAACUUGCAGAUUCCAGGAUACAUGUUUUAGAAUUGUAAAUAUCUUUUAUUCCAUUUCUCUUCUGUGUGAGAUGUCACCAUUUCAUUAGGAUUGGUUCCUUGGUUGUUGUUGUUUGUUGUGUUUUUUUUUGGGGGGAGGGGGGGGUGUUGUUUCUUUUUUGUGUUGUUUUUAAGCAUAGUGUAUGCAAUGUGCCCUGUUCAGCGGCAGCAAUAAAUAUUCAUGUUACAUGAAGA